AGACUCUAGAACUGGUGCUGCUGGGCUGAGGCGGAGGCAGGGGAAUUGCAACGCACGCCGCUCGCUCGGCGAGUGUGUCUCCUGCGCGCCGAGAGGCGGGGGGAGGCGGAGGACCGGGAGGAGGAGGAGGAGGGGGAGAAUGCCCGGAGCCGCCGCCGCCGCCGCCGCGAUGCUCCCGGCUCAGGAGGCUGCCAAGCUGUACCACACCAACUAUGUGCGGAACUCGCGGGCCAUCGGCGUGCUGUGGGCCAUCUUCACCAUCUGCUUUGCCAUCGUCAAUGUGGUGUGCUUCAUCCAGCCCUACUGGAUCGGCGACGGCGUGGACACCCCGCAAGCCGGCUAUUUCGGGCUCUUCCACUACUGCAUCGGCAACGGCUUCUCCCGGGAGCUGACCUGCAGGGGUAGCUUCACGGACUUCUCCACGCUGCCCUCGGGCGCCUUCAAAGCCGCCUCCUUCUUCAUCGGCCUCUCCAUGAUGCUCAUCAUCGCCUGCAUCGUUUGCUUUACCCUCUUCUUCUUCUGCAACACAGCCACCGUGUACAAGAUCUGUGCUUGGAUGCAGCUCACCUCCGCUGCCUGCCUUGUCCUUGGCUGUAUGAUUUUCCCUGAUGGCUGGGAUUCAGACGAAGUAAAACGGAUGUGCGGAGAGAAGACAGACAAGUACACUCUUGGGGCCUGCUCGGUCCGCUGGGCGUACAUCCUGGCUAUCAUCGGAAUCUUAGACGCCCUGAUCCUCUCGUUUCUAGCGUUUGUGCUUGGGAACCGACAAGACAGCUUGAUGGCAGAGGAACUGAAAGCAGAAAACAAAGAUGAUGGAAAUGCUUAAAGCAAACUAAGGUAGUAUGAGACCUCACCAUUUCUGUUAAGCCAAUAUUCUCUAGAAUGAGCACAAAACAAGUCAAAUAACAGCUAAACAAACAGCUUUGUACAUCAGCACCAAGAAGGAAGACGCUUGGGAGAGAUCAGAGUCCAGAGAUGACUACACACAAAAGUGAAACAUCUACUCUUCAAAGCACCUUCUGAUUCUAGAUCUGCAGAGACUCGAGUAAUUUUUCUGAGAGGAGCUAUGAUUACAGAUUAAACACCAGCUCAUUGGAAACUGUCAUUAGAUAAGAUCAGAUAACACUCAUGAAAAUCAUAUUCAGGAAAUAGUUUAAGAAAGAAGAAUACAAAUGUGCUAGAAUUGUGUAAAAUACAUAUGUAUCGAGGUUUAUAAGCUGUCCUUUUUAAAUCAAACUGAAAACAAAAUAAAACAAAAAAAGCUUUAAUCUUUCAAUGCUAUUAAAUGAAGUAAAAGGGCAGUUAGUUCUAGACUAUUCCCAUCCCAGUAGCCAAGAGGCCCAUGGAGUGUCAUGUUUUGAGGAAUGCCUCUGAUCCUUGAUCCCUCAUUGCUACUGUCCACUCAUGUCACUGUGCAAUUAGUUACAACCACGUGGUUAUUAAGAGACUUAGCCCUUCAAACUUCUUACCCAAUGUGUGUUCAGUUUAAUCUGUUUGUACGACUUAUCACGAAGGAAAUGUUUCUGCCAUGUGCUAUGACUCCAUCAAACUGUGAAUCACAGGAAGUACAUCCAGACAUCGUAGGUUCCCAAGCAACAUAGAUUCCCCUGUCAUUGACAAAACAGCAUCAAGGAGCUCUGAACAAUAUAGAAAGUUUAUUUUCACUUGGAUGCUCUCUCAUGUAAUAUAUAGGCUACUAUCAAAUAAACGCUUUUUCUAAUUCUCCCUAGUAUAUGCAUAGGAAUUUAAUAUACUUUAUAAAUAGAUGUCUAAAAUAUGAGUUUUCUAUUUCUUCAUUCUAUAUGUCACUAGAAAUCCACAUUCUUUAUUUCCUUUACUGACAUAUACUCAUUUUUGUUUUGUUAAAAGAAACUAUUCCAUUAAAUCUACUUCUAAAUGAUAGUAAGUGGUACUAACAAAAUAAGUAAAAACUUAAUAGCCUUAGAAGUAAAUAACUAUAUACUUAUAUGUCAAAGGAACUUGGUAGGAAUAAGUUACCUUUUGUUUAUUAAUGUUGAUUUUGAAAUUUCUCAUAUUUUUUCCCUUUUGGUUAGCUGGUACUUGAAAGUAGUUACAACUAACUAGCUGUCUUCAAGAAUCUUUUCCUUCCAGGGUCCCCCAGCCGUUGCCCUUAUAACAUGUCCUGCCUCAGUCCAACAACAGAGAAAUACUUGAUAUUAAAGUAAUUCUUCAUUGUCUGAGUAUAAACGCAAGUUGAAGUACAUAUAAAGGGGGCUCAAUGCAAGCCAGCCCAUGUUCUAUACUUGAGCAGGAAAAAAAAAAAACACAAAUAGAAUGCCUGCACUCCCAGGCUUGGGAUUGGGUUAAAUCAGCAUCCCACUCGAGCAUCAGCUGGAGGACAACACAAGAAUCAGGUUGCCCUCUCUUAUGCUCCCAUAAGACCGUGCUCAUAUUUUUAGCCAUGUUGUCACGAAGCAAAUGUUUCCAAUGGCUAAAAAUACAUUACAAAUACACUCAAGUGCUCAUGUAACUAAAACCCAGUUCACAGAAAGAAAACUCAGGCUUUCCCAAAGCACUAAAUUAAGGGAAUGUUAGCCUCUGUAAUUGUAGUCCUGGUCAUCCUGGGGGCUGGUCAUUGCUUUAGGUACUUGUCCCGAGGCAUUCAGAAUACCCUACUUACUAAAUUUAAUUACACACAACUUUUAAAAAAUUCACCUUUUAUUUAAGGGGAGGCAUCUCUAUAUCUAUACUAAAAUCAGAAGGUAUUAGGUUCCUCUAAUCCAUGUAAAUUAUGAUUCUGUCUGGGUCCUACAUCAUUAGCAGUAAUGUUUCAAAACAAUAAAAGGUACUUCCUCUCCACAUGCAAAUGCUUUUAUGUUUUUGCCAUAAACCCUAAGUGUAAUUUAGCACACCGCAGUGCUAUGAAGAUGGAUCAUUGAUGAUAAACCAUCUGUACAUACGUAACACACAUGUAAACCACUAAAUGUUAAGUAUAAGAAAUAUGUUUUUACCUUUAAAAAAGACUCCUUUUCUCAUUCUGUUCUAUUAUGUCCAAAAGUUGUGUGUAAUUUUUUAAGGUCCAGGAAAUGUAAAGAAAUUUGUUGGAAUAUCUGAAUUUCUGUAAAAAAUAAAAAUAAAAUUUUGUUACAUAAAAAUAUA